CGUGAACAAUCACAAUUCCCAAUCCACAACCUGACCACCCCACUGAACCACUUCCCCACCUCCCCACGCUACCCACCCACGAACCUCACCUUCCCGCUGCGCUACAUCCUCGACACCACGCACUACCAACCGGGGGGCCCGGUCUUCGUGAUCGCCGGCGGCGAGACCUCCGCCCUGAACCGCCUCCCCUUCCUCUCACAAGGGAUCGUCCACGAACUCGCGCGGAUCUACCAGGGGGUUGCCCUGAUCGUCGAGCACCGGUACUACGGGACGAGCUACCCUACCAGCACCAACACCUCCUCCUCUUCCACCUCCCAAGAUGACGACGACACCAUCCCCCUCUCCACCCUCGCCUACCUGACCACCGAACAAGCCCUCGCCGACUACGCCUACCUGGCCACCCAGCUCCCUCCGAUCAUCUCACCAACCAAAACCCCCCCGGACCUCUCCCCGAAGACCACCCCCUGGAUCGCCUACGGCGGCUCCUACGCCGGCGCCUUCGUCGCCUUCCUCCGCCGCCAGUACCCGGAAACCUUCUGGGCCGCCAUCUCCAGCUCCGGCGUCACCGCCGCCGUCACGGAUUACUGGGCGUACUACGAGCCGAUCCGCGUGCACGGGCCGCGGCGCUGCGUGGCGGCGCAGCAGGCGCUGAUCGCGUGGGUGGAUCGGGUGCUGCUUCUCUCCGCGUCCGAGGGGUCCCCUACCCCCGGGACUCCCGAUCGGGCGCAGUUGCUGAAGGAGGUGUUCGGGGGCCAUGCGCCCAAUUUGACGGACCAGAACUUCGUGGCCGGGUUGGCGGAGCCGCUGGGGCUGUGGCAGGAGCGGAACUGGGAGCCUGAGGUUGGGGAGCUCGGGUUUCGUUGGUUUUGUGGGAAUAUCACGGCCCCGACGGUGGUGGACACCAACCUGGAGGAGGAGGUUGGGGGGACGGUGAGGGGGUUGGUGGAGGAUGACAGCUCCAAGGAGGGAGAGGCGUUGGUGCGGGGCGUCGUGAAUUGGGUGGGGUUUGUGCGGCGGGAGGGGGUGUUCUCUUCUUCUUCUUCUGAGGGUCAGGGACAAGGUGAGGACGACGACGACGACGACGACGACGACGACGACGACGACGACGACAAACGCCUCCCCCGCACGGCCUCGACCAGCUGGAACUACCAGGUCUGCACGGAAUGGGGCUAUUUCAUGCCGGGCUCGACCGUCCCCUCGCACAUCCCGCCGCUCGUCUCGCGUCUCCUCACCCCCGGCUUCUGGGUCGACAUGUGCAAUGCCACCUACGGGAUCACUACCCCGCCGGACACGGCGCGCAUCAAUCAGUACGGCGGGUUCGAGUUCUCGUAUCCCCGGGUCGCGCAUAUCGGGGGGUUGGCGGAUCCCUGGAAGGAGGCGAGUCCCUUCGCGACGGGGUUGCCGGUGCGGAAUUCUACGGCGGAGGAGCCGAUGGUUUUGAUUCGCGUGCCGGCGGAGGAGGUCUACGAUGGGAUGGAGGGCGGGGUGCAUCACUGGGAUCAGAAUGGGGUGUUUGGGGUGGAGGAGCACUGGGCAGGGAAGCGGGUGGUGCCUCCCAAGGGCGUGCGCGAGGCGCAAGGCGAGGUGAUCGGGUUCGUCGGCGGGUGGUUGGGGGAGUGGCGGCAGGCACAG